AUGUUCGAGAGGGCAACAGGCGGUCGGGGACUGUUCGUCAAGAUCGUUCAAUAUCCAGGGGUAGCGAGCGUGGCCAAUGGCAGUUCAAUUGCGGGCGUUGAAUGGCGGAAGACGGUAGCAACGCUGGAGAGAGAUCGAGAAGUCGGCACCCUGGCGUGGUGAUGCGACUCGCCAGCCCAGGGUACCUAGGGGCGGUGGAGUGCCGGCGAGAAACCUGCGACUACGGAUACGAAAUGAGCUCUUGUCGCAGCCCGAAAGUGCCGAGAAA